CCAUAGGGCGCAAUUCGUAACGGCGGAUGUUUAUGAAUACCUUUAAUUUUAGGAUAUGUCUGUAGUGCUGUUUUGAUAGUUUUUACUAAGAAAACGGAGUAAAAGAUGAGGGAAUUUUUAUUGGAUGCAAAUAUAUAUGGACAAAAUAUUUUACAAUUGGUUUCCAGAGGUAAUGCAAUAAUAGCUGAGAUUCUGCGUAUGAAGGAGUACAUCCCUGAAGUUUUUAGAUCACAGAAAAACCAAAGCAACCAAAAAUAUUCAGAAGUUGUUUUCGAUUUCAUUUACUUUAAGAUUGCUGAUCUCCAGGAAAAAAAAAUUGAAGAUAGCGAGGAAUUAAAAGACAUAGAUGAAGAAUUUAGAGACAAUCAUAUCAAGAUAAUAAACAGAUUUUAUUUAAUAUUUGAAGGCAUUUAUAUGUACAUUACUGAUCUCAAUCAAAGUCUGGAUGAUAUAGAAGAAGGAACAUUCAUACAUCAAACUCUAGAAACUAUUUUUACUUGCACGGAAGGCAAACAACUGAUGUGCGAGGCACUUUACUUAUGUGGUGUUAUGCUACUUCUGCUAGAUUCAUUUAUAGAAGGCAGUGUAAGAGAAAGAUUGUUGGUCUCUUACUAUAGAUACACUCCCCAACGCAAAGAUGGCGAGUUUGCAAUCGAUGAAAUCUGUAAACUUAUUCGAGAUACUGGAUAUAGUAAUGGCAAGAAACCUGGCAACUAUCCAGAGGAUUAUUUCAAGAGGAUUCCUAUUAAAUCAAACUAUGUUGACAUGGUAAUUUCUUGCUUACGUUCGGAUGAUAUCUACAAUCAGUUAUCUGUGUACCAAGCUUCAAAACACCGCAGCACGGCUCUGUCAACGCAAGCUACGAUGUUGUUUGUUUCCCUUUUUUUCUGUCCAAAAAUACUCCACAGUCAAGCUUCUGUUAUGCGAGAAAUUGUUGAUAAAUACUUUCCUGACAAUUGGGUCAUUUCUCUGUACAUGGGCAUUACUAUGAAUCUUCUGGAGUCAUGGGAUAACUUCAAGGCUGCUAAAUUGGCCAUUGCAAAUAUUUUGACCGCACAAAACGUCAAAUUCCAUGCCAAUUUAUAUGGUUCUACAGUUGGAAACAUGAUAAAAUCAACAGCAAAUUUUUUGAAAGAGGGUAACAUGACCAAAGAAAAUAUAAUGAAAGAAAUAAAUCCUAUAAUGAAUAUUUUAAAGGAUUGUAACGUGGCUGUUCGAUGGCUCAUGUUGCACCUAUUAAGAACAGAAAAGAAUAAGAAAUGCAAACAGUUGCAAGACCUGGUUAUUACUGAAGCAAAGUGUGAUCUCACAAUGCUUUUCAAACUGUUGUUGAACACUGCUCAGUUGGAAAUAAUUGUCAUAGAACAUUUGAAAAGUAUGUUGGAAGAUCGGGAAAAAACAUGGGAGUCUCUUAAAGACGAAAGCUGUGGCAACCUCAAAGAACUGUCUGACGUUUUUGGAGGAAUUACCGUUCUCUCACGGAUUCAAAAGAACUCCAACUUACAAAACUGGUUCGAUGAAAUACUUAAGGGAAUACAAACGCUAUCGCAAAACGAGACCAGCUCGUCUAAAAAAAUAAUAAAGCUUAUCCACGCUCUUCAAAAAGUCCAAGAGUUUCACCAAUUGGAAAACAACCUUCACGUCAUCCAAUAUCUGUCAGAAAUUCGAAACAACCUGCACAAAAUGCUCCAAACACUUAAUAUCAAAGAAGAAAGUCUAAUAGCAUUGCACAUAAUUGCAGAUCUCAGUUAUGGAUGGAUUUUAAUAGAUUCCUUCACUCCCAUUAUGCAGAAAGGAAUUAAAAAGGAACCUUCCUUGUGCAUCAAGCUCAGGGCAGUAUUUCUGAAGUUAGCUUCGGCCUUAGAGACGCCCCUUUUAAGAAUAAAUCAGUCACACAGUAAAGAUUUGAUUUCUGUUUCUCAAUAUUAUAGUAGUGAAUUAGAAAUUUACGUCCGAAAAGUAUUGCAAAUAAUUCCAGAAACCAUGUUUCAAAAACUUCUGAAAAUAAUUGAAAUACAAACGUCUGUUUUGAAAAAGUUACCUACGAAGUUAGAUAAGGACAAAAUGAAGGACUUGGCCCAAUUAAAAGUACGUUUCGAAUUUGCCGAGUUAACGAAUUCUGUAUCAGUGUAUAGUCGGGGAAUACGAAUGAUGAAAAGCACUCUGGUAGGUGUAAUUUGCCUUGACCCGAAGAAAUUACUAGAAGACGGUAUUCGAAAAGAAUUGGUACAACAUAUCACACAAGCAUUACAUUUUGGCUUAAUAUUUACCCCAAAAAGUGAUGAUCUAGAAAAACGUGUUGGUGCCUUAGCUAACAUAAUAAAAGGAUACAAACAAUCUUUGGAAUAUAUACAAGACUACAUAAACAUAAAUGGGUUGAAAAUAUGGCAGGAGGAAGUCACUCGGAUAAUUAAUUAUAAUGUGGAAGAGGAAUGCAAUAUGUUUCUGAGAAACAAAGUAUAUGAAUGGGACAGUCAACAUCAAAGCAAACAUGUACCUAUACCUCGUUUUUCGUAUUUAGAUAAUCAAUGUGGAAAUUUCGUAGGGCGGCUUGUUAAACAAAUUUUAAGAUUAACCGAUCCCAGAAAUACCAUUUUUAUUCCGCAAAGUUGUACCUGGUAUGACAUAAAAACACAAAAGAAUGUGUUUAAUAAAGAAACUAUCAAAUGUAUAGGAACUGUGCUUGAAGUAACUGGUUUAGUAGGACUUGACAGGCUGCUUUCUCACAUGAUAACGUAUAAUUUGAAAAAAACUAUAAGUGCUUGGGAAAAGAAAGGCCAGAUGAGUGAAACAUGGAUGAGUUUAAAAUUGACCUUUUGUACUAAAGAAAACAUAAACAUGUCUAAAUUCUGUCAGAUGUGUUUAAAUAGAAUGUCUAAACAAUUGUCGAAUAUUUUAGACAGUGUAUUAAUAAUAGGACAACUACAGUUACUUCGGAAUAUGGUCAAUUUUCACCUGAGUUUAUCUUGCAAAUUUAACGCCAAAAGUUUGGAAACGUCUCUAAAAUCGCUUAAUGAAGCUCUAGUACACAUGAUGUCCAAAGAAGACAAGAUUGUUUUGAAUGAGCAAAUAUUAUUAACUUUAUCCAAGUAUUUGGAUUACUGUGGAAUGAAUCAGCCAGCAAAUAAAAUUUAUGUGACAACAAAAUUUAGUGAAGAUUAUGCUUUCUUCUUGUUCGUUUUUAUUAUGUGUUUUCAUCAUAAAUUGUCAUUUAUUAAGGAUGCAGGUUCUAAUACAGUGAAAGGUCAAGAUAGGAUCGACGGUAUCCCAUUUACAAUGGCCCUUCAUACAAUUGUACGGCAGUAUUCUCCAAAAUUAAAUGAAUGUUUUAUAAGGCAUUUAACAACAUUUAUUAUCGAAACAUUUAAACAAAAUUUAAGGUAACUCAUC